CAGUCGUUUAUAAUUUUACUUUCUCGACCUCAUCCACACUGUUCCGAUCUUUUAUCCUCCUCCUAGACUGCAUUGCUCCGGGAUGUCAAACGGCACGGAUCAGGUGCAACCACCGCCGGAAAACAAGGCUGAUCCGGCGGUAUCUACGCCGCGGAAGCGCGCGUCGCCGGGCGAUAGUAACUGGCUGCCUUCCGGCUGGACAACCGAAGACAGGGUUCGAACCUCCGGCACGAAAGCUGGUAUCGUGGAUAAGUUUUACUACGAGCCAGUUACGGGUCGUAAGUUCCGGUCCAAGAAGGAGGUGAUGUACUACUUGGAACACGGAACGCCUAAAAAGACAAUCAAGAAAGCGAAAAACGGCGACACACAAUCAGAACCUUCUGAAGACAGAGGAAGCUAUAAGCGGCAGACCAAAUCCAACAAAAAGGCUAACGAGAAGCCACAGUCACCGGCAAAGCCGUUGGACUUUGAUUUCUUGAAUGUUCCGGAGAAGGUCAUGUGGACAGGGACAAACGGUUCUGAAGAAGCUUGGUGGCCUUUCAUUGGGGACUACAAGAUUCAAGAAUCUGUUAGUCAUGAAUGGGACAGAGCGUUCACUCUUGUCACCGCCAAAAACGUUGGAAAAACGACGGUUUAGAAGAUUGGUGCAACAAGUCACAUAAGAUGUAAUAACACGAGCGUUAGAGAAUCAAAUCUGUUUAGUAUUCUACUGAUCUUAGUGUAAUGUAGGUUAAUUUGGUACUUAAGAUGAUUGUUUAUUAACAUAACACUUUAGUCGGGGUUGUAAUCUUUGGGUCUGCGUCUUGGAACGUUUUAUUGUGUCUAAUGAUCAAAUCACAUUUAG